AUGGCUAGUCGCGUGAAGUUGUCAUGGCAAGAAGCUCUGGGUGAAGAAGCUACAAUUCAAUUACAAGCCCACGCCCAAGCCCAGGCCCAAGGUCAAGGUCAAGCCCAAGCCCAAGCCCAAGCCCAAGCCCAAGCACAGGCCCAAGGUCAAGGUCAAGCCCAAGCCCAAGCCCAAGCUCAAGUUCAGGAGCCUAAAAUUAAGAGUAAAAAGAAAGGCAAAGGCAAGAAUAAAAGCAAAACUGAGACUUUAGUCUCCGUGACAGAGCUUAAAAGCACCAAGUCUAAGCCUAAACGCAAGAAGCGACAUCCAAAUGAUGUUAGGACGGAACAGGAUAUGGAUGCGAUCGUAGGGCAUGAUGAGAGCUCGGAGGGAAAGCUGGACGAGGAGAUAGAUACAUUUGGUGGUGCAGGCUUUGUAUUGGUGGAUCCAGAGAGCGAAUUGGAGAUUGUGUCUACGGAUGAAGGUUUCGCUAGCGUUCGGAUUGGAACGUCACCACGCAAAAUUAAGAAACAAGAGCUGAAGAUGGAAACUUCGAAACAGACGAAGAAGGCAGCGCGAAAAGCGAGGCAAGCGCAGAAGCUAUUAGAGACAGUUGACGUGAAGAAUUCUGGAGUGGAAGUGAUAAUAGUGGAAAAGGAGGAAAUCAAGAAGAAAUCUAGGAGCGAAAAGCAAGCGAAUGUGAGUGUGUCUGCUGUCAUUGUGCAUGAAACGGGGAAGCCCAAACAAAGCAAGAAAAAGAAACACAUCGAUGACCAAGCGAGCAGUAAGACUCAGGAUAGCGCUCGUGAUUCUUCAAAGAAUAAAAACAGCAAGAAGAAUGCAAGGAAGAAAAAACAAACGGUUGAUGUAGAAAAUAAAGAAGUUUUGGCCUCAUCAAAAAGGUCGGAGCAAGGCUCUUCGAAGUCAGCCAAAAAGAAGAAUCGUAGCAGUGAUCAGGCGUUUGCUUACUUAGAUUACUUGGACCAUGAUGUGGUUCUUCGAGAAUUAUCGACAGGCGAUCUCUUGCAAGGCAAACUUCGCGUAAACGCGAUGUACCGCAUGGAUGGAUACAUCACAAUUGAUGGGCUGGCGAUGGAUGUGUUAGUUGUGGGCAUGCAGGAUCGUAAUCGUGCACUCGACGGUGAUCUAGUCGCGAUUCGAUUGCAUCCAGCAUCUCAAUGGAAAAAAAUGAAUGGUGAUGGCGAUCAAAAAGCGACAAUGACUUUCAAUUCGAAGCUAGUUGUUACGAAUGGUGCGGUGGAUGAGACUGCGUUGCACGCUCUGUGGCUACCUGACGUGGAGACUAAAGCAGACUUUUUCAAGCGCACUGCUGAAGAAGCUUGUACCCACGUGUUUAAGCAGCGUAUGGAGCUCCGGAACGAGUGCAUAAAACGUUCUGGUCGCCGACCGACAGCGUCUGUUGUGUGUAUACUUGCGCAAGGCAAUUCUAAUGGGUUUGUUGGUUCUCUAGAGCCCGCCACCAAGGUGAAAAACAUGAAGUCACCGCUUUCAAGUAGUGACAACUACGCGUACUUUAAUUCGGAUGAUCAGCGACUACCCAGACGCAUACGUAUUCCAAGACUACAGCUCCCGGACGAAUUUAUAAGUCGACCAGUGUUGUAUUCCAAAACGAUGCUGUGCAUAUGCCGAGUGACGGCGUGGUCAACUGAACAGCAAAGCCCCAUGGGUGAGUUUGUCAAGACGGUUGGUGAGUAUAAAGGCAUUGAAACUGGUAUCUCAGCAAUAUUAUCCAAGCAUGGCCUGCAUGCGCACACACUUGAUUUUAGCAGCGCCAUUUUGAAAGAGCUUGACGAGAAGUACGGCACGAAUGGCGAAAAGUGGGAAAUUCCUACAAAAGAGCUUCUUAAUAGACGAGAUUUCCGCGAUGUUCAAAUUUUCAGCAUCGAUCCGUACAAUGCUCGAGAUUUGGAUGACGCGCUGCACAUUCGUGCACUUGACGAGUCUCGGACGAAAUUUGAGAUCGGCGUGCACAUUGCAGACGUGACACACUUUGUCGAGCACAAAUCAUUGCUAGACGAAGAAGCUCGAUCUCGAGCAACCAGUGUAUACCUCGCUAAUCGAGUACUGCCGAUGCUACCCCGCAUUCUUUGUGAAAAGUUGUGCUCACUGCAGCCGCAAGUCGAUCGUCUUGCGUUUUCCGUCGUGUGGCAGAUGAAUGUAGACGGCACCCUUUCUAGCUGUGCCAAACCGUGGUUUGGCAAGUCAGUUAUUCGUUCAUGCUGUAAGCUUGACUAUGGCUCCGCUCAGAAGAUGCUUGAUGGCAUCAUAUGUAGUGAACAUUUGGACGAGUGGGAAGAGGACCGACGACCAAUUUCUGGUGCAAAUUCUCAUAUUACUUGUGCGACUGUCAUACAGAGUGUUAAGGACUUGUGGAGCAUUGGAGCUAACCGCCGAGCAUUGCGGUUUGAAACAGGUGCCGUAUGUUUAAACGAUGUAAAACUUGUGUUUUCGCUGGAUGCGAAGGGUAACCCGACUCGAUUUAUGCCUUAUGAGCUUAAGGACAGCAAUCGACUUGUAGAAGAGUAUAUGCUUUUAGCAAAUUAUCUCGUUGCACAGCAAUUACUCCGUGCUCACGGUCCUCUCGCUUUCUUACGUCAUCACCCUCCUCCAGUCCCUCGGGCAAUGGAACAAGCAUUGGACAAUUUGAACAAGAGUAAUAUUAUGCUGGAUGGAAGCUCUUCAAAACAGUUGACAGAUUCCCUGGAACGAGUUCGAAACGACCACGGUGAAACAUUAUUUGUCAUCGCGCAAGCAUUGAUCAUCAAACCCAUGAAGCCUGCUGAAUACAUGGUCGCUGGGAAUGGUGCAUCUGCGGAUUCAUGGCGUCAUUAUGCUCUAAAUAUUCCGUACUACACCCACUUUACAUCGCCAAUUCGUCGGUAUGCCGAUAUUGUGGUUCACCGCUUGCUUCAGGAGAGUCUAUUGAGCUCGCCAGCUCUUGAUGCAGAGAAUUUAAAGCCUAGGAUGGUAGAUCUCACUUCUGUCGCGCAAAAUUGCAACGAGAAGAAAAUGACGUCUAAGCAUGCCGAGACAGAGUGCGAUAAAGUUUUUCUGUGUGCAUACGUACAGCACCAUGGCGAUAUUGAAGUGACUGGUGUUGUCUUAAGUAUGGGACAGAAAAGUUUUACGGUAUACAUUCUUGAACUUGGACUCGAGCAGCGACUCUCUCUUCAAGAAUUAAAUUUAAAGGCAUCGUGGAAUGUGAAAACCUCCCAGCUUUCAAUUAAGCUGCCAGCACCACAGAAGAAUACGAAAAUUUUGUACGUUGCAGAUCAAACUUUGGCUUUAAAACCGAAGAAAACUGUGGACAUGGAGUCGCUUUCGCUGUCAAUUAUGAUGCGCCUUCGAAUGCGCAUGUCGACUACGAAAAAGAUGCCACUUGCUUUGAAAUUUACUGUCAUUGGAGAGAAGAAGUAA